AUGCCUGACUUAUUUGACAAUUUAUACAAUAAGAUUUCAACUUCUUUCAACGGUGGAAGAUCCACCCACCACUAUUCAAAUGCUUCCCGGGUCAACACUGGUAGGUUUUAUAGUUAUCAUGAAAACUCCACCAAUAAUAAGUAUUGGUUACCAAUAAAUAAAGAUAUGCAGAAAGCAGCUGAUCACAUCCAGGACACCAAGACCGUUAAACCAAGAAUGGGUAGUGUUAGUUCUAUGAAUUCAGAGUCGGACUCUGAAGAUCGAUCAAGAAUGGGGAGUGUUUCCUCUGAAAUGCUGACCAAGUAA